AUGCCCCCUCAUCACCCUCCCGGCUGUUCGUGCGGCGACGACGAUGCCCACGUCCUCCUCGAAGGCGUACAGGACUAUCUCUACGACAAGGUCGAUCGCGACCACGUCGUCGCAUUGAAUGCUGAAGAAGGGCAGGAGGGGAAAAGUGUCAUCCGGACUUGGGACGAGCGGGAACAGGAGGAGCAGGUCAGUUCAUAGGCUCCGCUCGGACAGACAAGUGGGGCCCUUGAUCGGUCUUUUGACGGGCUGACGGUGAGCUAGAGCGCCGCGUCUUGCGUGCUGCAACCCUUGACAGUUCUUGGAAAGCGAUGCGGACGACCAACUCAUAAUACACAUACCCUUCACGGCGUCCAUCAAACGUCCGUGGUCUUCGGUACACCUUCUCAUCGCGCUGCGAAAAAUCCUGACCUUCCUCGUCCGCCCAUAGUAAAAUCGAUCCUCAUCAAAGCUGGACCGCACGGCUGGACACCCGACAAGGUCAAAGUUGUGAGUGUUCUGAAUGCCCCCCCACACUCAAUUGGUGCAUCACACGGAUGCUCAUUUCGGGGGGGCUGUCAAUUUCGCCUGGCAUGAAAGUUUUCCAACCGAACGCUUGAUUUUGACGAGGCGACCUCAACGGCGUGCACACAAGAGUUCGACCUCGCCGCAACUCGAGGCGUCACCGAAUACGCGGUCAAGUAAGCAUUCUACUCCGACUGCUUCACUUCGCACGCCGAUGAACAUUCCUUGUCGUCUCGUAGACCAGCCAAAUUUCCUUCCGUUUCUUCCUUGACGCUCUUCUUCCCUGCUUCAACGGGCGAAGACACUGUCCGAAUAUGCUUCGUCGGCUUCAAGGGCGAAUACAAACCUUUCACUGUAAGUUCAGAUGGGAUGAAAGUGAGCCGUCGCGCCACGAAUUGAUCCGUUCCCUCUCGAUACGUAGCGCGAUCCCGUGAUCACCGUCUACGAGGCGCAAGCGAACCCGGCCGACCACCUCAAGCUCCCAGGGAUCGGGUCCCACGUCCAUUCCAGAAUCGGCUGA